AUGAAGUUACUCGCCCCGUUAAUAGCAUCAUCAGCAGUAGUACACGCAAAUUUCUGGGAUGGAGUCGAAGAACAGAAUCACAGCACCUGGUAUUCGGAAACAAACGUUGGUUUUUCCUCUGAAAACGACCCGGAAAUGAUCGCAGAAGCGACCCUAGACAGUGAACCCGACGAUUUCCUCUCUACAGCUCUCAUGGCGCGAGGAAAACGACAAAAGAAACCAAAGGGUUACUUGAUUGAUCAAGCCUGGUCGGACUACGAUCUCAAAGCAGAACUUCUUCUUUCACAAAUCUACCCAGGCUACGAAGCUGAUCCAGAUUUCCAAAUGAACAAAGCCGAAAUCCAGGCGGAAGAUGCUCGAAUCUGCAGUGCGGGUGUUGAUCCUGUUAAGGGCCAGCCCGUUAAAUGCUCGACCGACGAGAGAAUGGGAUUGAGUGCGCCGGUGACACCAUUCCAGACCGCACCACGAAAAUUCAGACAGCUGAAGCUGAUGGUAAUCUUCCUCCAGAAAGAGCCCGGAUUCGGAAAAUACUGCUACUACGGAUGCUACUGCUUGCCAGAAGGUGCCCACGAUCUCAGUGGCGGCGGAUAUGGAGAACCUGUCGAUAGAAUUGACAGAACAUGCAAACAAUUCAACCAGUGCUACUCAUGUGCCAAACUUGGAAACGGAAAGCUUGAAGGAACCAGUGAAGAAUGUAUUGGAGAGUACACAAAGUACAGAUUCAAGCUUCUCGAAGAUGAAGAAACUGGCGAAAAGACCAUCCAAUGCCGAAACAAACCCGGAUCGUGCGCACGGCACAUUUGCGAGUGCGACAAACGAAUGGCCGAAGAUUUGUCAAGGUACGAAGACGAGUGGGAUGUUACUUACCACACAGGAAGAAACAAUGGCGAGUGGAAGUACGCUGACAACUGCAGAAAGAAGGGUCUUGGAAGAUACACAAAGCCUGAAACAUGCUGCGGCGAUGAGUUUCCAGACAUGCGACCAAAGCAGGGAGGGAAAGAGUGCUGCGGAAGCCAGCCCUGGGAUCCCUCUCGCCAGUUGGAUCGCCAGUGCUGUCCAGAUGGACGUGUCCGCCCGAACGGAUAUUGCUAA